UUCUUCAGAGGAGAUUGACAGUAAUGUCGUUGACAAAGGUUUCUUCUGAGAUCACUGGCAUCAAAGAAGAGCUCAUUACACGAUUGCGGAAUUUGCUCUUGGCAAUAUCCAGUGGGAAACUUCUGGACCCAGGAAAAUUCGAAAGAUAUGCCAUGAAAACCGCAGAAAUAUAUGUGAAAGAGUAUGGAUGGUAUAAAAUGCCUCCUACUCUUCACAAAGUCCUGUUUCAUGGACACCAGGUCAUUGCGAAGAGCCAAUUUCCUAUCGGGCAUUUGUCUGAAGAACCGCAGGAAGCUCUCAACAAAGAAGUGUACCGGAUUAGAAGAAAUAAUACUCGCAAAUAUUCGAGGACGGCCGCAAACCAGGAUCUGAUUAAUGGUUUAAUUGUUGGGUCAGAUCCUGUAAUCUCCCACUAUCGCUAUCACCAAAUGGAGAAGAAAAAGACAGAAAAUGUACUCCCAGAAGACGUGCAAGAUUUAAUAAGAACCUAAAUCAAAAAAUAUAUUGAAAAGGAAAAUCAAAAAUUAAUUUCUUUGUUUUUAGUAUUUAUUCACUCUUUCACACACAUGUGACGUAGAAAACUACCACACAUGGAUAAAUGGUUUAAUUGUACUAUGGAUAUUCUAAAAGCAGACUCUUGAGGAGAAGAAACAGAACAAAAGAGGUGGCAAUACGUUACAGCUUUGAAUUUGAAUUUGAAUUUGAAGUUAUUUAUGCCCAAAAAAUACAAAGAACUUACAUAGCGUAAUUUUCAAACCCCAUGACAUAAAACCUUAUAACGUGGGACUUUCACACAUAUUUUACAUAUUUUACUCCGGAUUCCUUAUUCACACAUAAAUUGUUUAUAAACACCUUUUUAACGU